GAGGGAAGGAAGGAGGGAGCCGGGGAGCGGGUCCAGGGGAGCAGCCGCGCCGAAGUCGGCUUUGGGAGCCGGAGGGAGCGGAGCGAGAGCUGAGCGGAACCUGCGGGGGCGGAGGUGGCUGCGGCAGCUGCAGAGCUGGGAGCCGGAACAGGAUCAGGUCAUCCAUUCGAGGGUCAGGCCUAAACCAGAUUGCCGCUGCCCCUACUUGGGCCCCACUGUUCUCAGAAAGCAGCUGCUGUGAUCAUGGGCAAUAUCUUUGGAAACCUUCUCAAGAGUCUGAUUGGGAAGAAGGAGAUGCGCAUCCUGAUGGUAGGCCUGGAUGCUGCGGGGAAGACCACCAUCCUGUACAAGCUGAAGCUGGGGGAGAUCGUCACCACCAUUCCUACCAUUGGGUUCAACGUGGAGACGGUAGAGUAUAAGAACAUCAGUUUCACAGUGUGGGAUGUGGGUGGCCAGGACAAGAUUCGGCCCCUCUGGAGACACUACUUCCAGAACACUCAAGGGUUGAUAUUUGUGGUUGAUAGCAAUGAUCGGGAGCGAGUUAAUGAGGCCCGGGAAGAACUGAUGAGAAUGCUGGCAGAGGAUGAGCUCCGGGAUGCUGUGCUCCUUGUCUUUGCAAACAAACAGGAUCUGCCUAAUGCAAUGAACGCUGCUGAGAUCACGGACAAGCUGGGCCUGCAUUCCCUGCGUCACCGCAACUGGUACAUUCAGGCCACCUGUGCUACCAGCGGGGACGGGCUGUAUGAAGGCCUGGACUGGCUGGCCAAUCAGCUCAAAAACAAGAAGUGAAAGCCAGGCAGCCCUGUCUGACCGCCCCACCCACCCCUGACAUUCCUACUGUCACCCUGCCCCAGCCCUACCCCUUCCUUCCCGUUGCAAGUGUUGCCAGGGCCCUGGGUAUCAUGUCCGCAUGCCCAGCAAGAGCCUUGCCUCCCCCUCCCUUUCUCUCCACUGUCCACCGACAUGACCAGUCCCCAAUUGCUGUCCUGAUGAAUCAUUCCAAUUUACUGGAUUUAAAACAAAAACAAGGUUGUUAUGGUUUCAUGGGGUGGUCCCCACCCCCACUCUCUGGGCUUCGGGAGGUGGGGUGGGGUAUUCUCCCCGUUUGCUUCAUUUGGCACUGGUUGCUGUGCUCUUGGCAUCUGAGUCCCUUCACCGUUCCCACAGGCCCCUCUUCUUCCCCCUGUCUUCCUCCCCUUCGCCACCCUCUCCCUCUUCUACAUGGAAAUUGCACGGGCCUCUCUGUGUGUGCGUGCAUGUGUGCGCCUGUAUAUACAUGUAUAGAGAGAUAUAUAUGUGGGGGCCGGGGGGAGGGGUGGAGUGCAGCUCAGGGCUUGCAGCCAGGACACUGCCCACUGGAACCCACCAUGUGCCCUUCCAUGUUGGUGAGAUCAAGGGAAGAAGGUUGGAGGGUUCAGUCAGGCUGGACAGCCCCAGUCUUGGAUUGGUUCCUCAUUGCUGCAGGUAGGUUUUCCUGGAUGAGAGGACAGAUGAUAGAUUCUCCACCACCAUCUUCCUUGAACCCCUCUCUCCACUCUUAGGGCAGGGGUUUGGCACUUAUCUCUUGUAACUUUUCAUGGAGAUGCCAUUCUGUUCUGCUUUGUUAUGGAAAGGAGCGAGGAACUCAUUCUUGUCAGCCCAGUGUGUUCAACUGAUCCUCCUCCACUGCCCUUAGAUUCUCUUCUUCAGGAGCUUGAGGGGGAGGUGGGGACAGUACAGACCAUGGUGUGUGUUGGGACCUAGGGCAGGGAGGAGGCCUCCGGUUUUCCAUCUUCACUCUCAUCAGAAGAUGAGGCAGAUCAGUCCCAUCCCUGCCUUCCUGCCCUCAUCACCUCAUCUUCUGAUGUUGGGGGCUGGGCGAUUAAUCUGUCUUUUGUCAGAAGUUUUCUCACCCUGAUAGUCCUGAUGGCCUGACCAGGGAGGACUGGGUAAUCUAAGGAAGAGAGGGGGUGACAUGGCAGACCUCAGUAUCAAUCCUCCCAUUCCCAACUCUUUUUCUAAUCUAAGAUAUGCUAAAGGAUAAAAGAUUUUCUAUUGUUUCUAGGCCCUCAGAGCAUCCUUGCUGUCCCUUCCCCUCCAUUCUAGCAACUUUCCCUUGCCCUCCUCACCCGCUUUCUACAGCCCACAAAUGGAUCUGGGAGUUGGAGUGGGAAAUAGAAGCCUGCAGUGUUGGUGCUGGUGGGAUGCAGUGGUCUUCAGGGUCCUCCCCCCGUUGUUAUGUAGUUGUUUCGAAGCUGCUGCUACUACUGCUGUGCUGCUACUCAUGGGGAGGCGAGGCACGGCCACGAGGUCCUGGCCUGGGUCCUGACCUCUGCGGUUUCUGUGAAGCUGUGGCUGUUCUGUGGGUUCCUGUGUGUGCUGGCUGCGCCCUGAGCUCCAAGACAGCUGCCCAUUACCUUUCUGUUAUGGUCAGGGCCCAGGGCCCCCCAUGGCAUGGUGAGGGACCCCUUCCCAGAAGGGCUGUCCCAGGCCCACUCCAUGGGGCCAGGCUUCCUGCCACCUUUGUCUCCAUCAGGCAGAUCAAUACCCCCACCCCGUCCCAGAUUGAACUGUGAAAGAGAGGUUCCAGGGGUGUGUCCCUCAGUGCCAGUUACUUCGUGAUGUGUUGCUGACCUAAGAUGCAGUGAGCGUGUGCAGGUAUCUUGCUCUCUAGGCCUUUGUAUGUUUGUGUGUGUGGUCGGCAUGUGUGUGGGGGGAGGUGCUGGAGGUUCUAUUUUAUUUUAAAAUAUAGUCAUCCCCUUGACCCCACAGAUGCUUCUCUCCACUCUUUUUCUUUGCUCUGUUUCCUUAGAUUUUUGUGUCCUGCCCCUGUUCUUUUCACUUCCCAACUCUCCUUUGCCUUCUCAUGUCAUUUACUGCUAUUGCCUGUCUUUUCCUUGUUUAUUUUUCCUGCUUCUGAUUCCUCACUCUGUGGUGGGUGAGGGCUUUGCCUCUUCUCCUGUCUCAUUCCCUCUCUAAUCCUCCCUAGUUAGAUGCCAAUCCCAAAUAGGUGUUUCUCAUUUCAUGCCUAAUUCUCACCUUGUUUGGGGGGCGCUCCAGGGCGGUCAGGGCUGAGGGUAUUAGGAAGCAGCCUCGGAGGCUGCCUUGGUGCUGCUCCAGAUCUGUCCAGCAGGUGGCAGUAGUGGUCUUGGUUGUAGCCCUGGCUGCUAAGCCCUUGGCAGGGGCGGUCCUUUGUAUUGUACAUUCCCAUUCACCUAACAGCUCUUUGGGAUUGGGUGUUUCAUUCCAUUUUUAAUCCUUUCCCUCUCCUGCCCGCCUCAGGUGGGUUAAUUUUAUGCUUUCCCUUGUUCCAGUUUUCUUCCUGGGGACGCCCCUCCCCCCACCCCUAAAGUUUGUUUGUGGUGUUAUAGUAGUAACGCAGUUCUGAAACUGGCUUUUCUCUUCUUUUUUCUCCUCUGGAAUGUAGACUGUAUAUGUUUAAUAACUCACCUUCUCUAUCCUUGCUGAAAAUGUGGGAUAACGCGAUGACUGUGACCCUGGUUGGAAAUUAAACUUGUUUUAUGCAGCUUC